CAAAGGACAUUGGCAACUAAGAUGCGAGAACUGAACGCCACCGCAUGCGCUGCUUUGUACGAGCGCGUCGAGUGGUCCGGCCCGUGGAUCCUGAUUACCCUAACCGUCCUGGCGAUCGUGAACGUGAUGGUGGUGCUGGGAAACGUCCUCGUGAUCCUGGCCGUCUGCUACACCAGCAAACUACGAAACGUGACGAACAUAUUCAUCGUCAGCCUCGCCGCCGCUGAUCUGCUGGUGGGACUCGCUGUUCUGCCGUUCAGCGCCACGUGGGAGGUUUUCAAGGUCUGGAUAUUCGGUGAUAUCUGGUGCUCCGUUUGGCUGGCAGUGGACGUGUGGAUGUGCACGGCGUCGAUAUUGAAUUUGUGUGCCAUCAGCCUCGAUAGAUACUUAGCGGUGACCAGGCCAGUCUGUUACCCUCAGCUCAUGUCACCGAAGAGGGCCAGACUUCUAGUCGCCACCGUCUGGAUCCUCAGCUUCGUCAUCUGCUUCCCACCCCUCGUCGGCUGGAAAGACAAACGGUCGCAUCCCACGUACAACGUGACAUCCGCUCAGAAGGGGCCGUUCAACACCACCACCAUCCUGGUUCCGGUGAAACCGUGUCCUUGGAUCUGCGAGCUCACCAACGAUGCUGGUUACGUCGUCUAUAGCGCCCUGGGCUCCUUCUAUAUACCGAUGCUGGUCAUGCUGUUUUUCUACUGGCGAAUAUACAACGCGGCCGUCUCCACGACGAAGGCCAUUAAUCAAGGCUUCCGCACGACAAAGGGCUCGAAAAUGCUCGGCUCCAGAUUCGACGAACAAAGGUUGACCUUGAGGAUGCACCGGGGACGAGGCAGCGUUCACAACGGGAGCAACAACGGGAGCCCGAGAAGCCCGGAGUCGAAUAGUCGUAGCUCGGUGAAAAGGGAGAAGAUAAAGAUCUCGGUUUCCUAUCCGAGCACGGAGACGCUGAAUACAAAGUGUAACACUCUCGAGAGGACGCCCUCGAGAUGCUCUCAAGUCUCCGUGCAUUACAGCAACGGGCAGACGCAGAGCCAGCUAUGUCCAGCCUCGAGGAGCACGCAUCUCAAGGUGGGCGGUAUCAAUCGAGUAGGCAGCACCAGGAGACCGAGCAGACGGAGCAGCUGCGAGAGUCAAAUAACGGGAGACGAGGUGUCGUUGCGCGAACUCACCCCGGGCCCCGAAGAGAAGCCCAGGACUAUGAAGAUGGGGAAGAGAAACAUAAAAGCUCAGGUGAGAAGGUUUCGCAUGGAGACGAAGGCGGCGAAGACGUUGGGUAUCAUCGUCGGCGGGUUCAUUCUCUGCUGGCUUCCUUUCUUCACGAUGUACUUGGUGCGCGCCUUUUGUCCGAACUGCAUUCACCCCACCGUCUUCAGCGUGCUGUUCUGGCUGGGCUACUGCAACUCCGCGAUAAAUCCCUGUAUCUACGCCCUCUUCAGCAAGGAUUUUCGGUUCGCGUUCAAAAGGAUUAUCUGCAAAUGCUUCUGCAAGCGGCGGGGCAACGGAGUCAGACGCGGCAGCGACGGAAGCCAAUUAACAGCGAGAAACGACAGGAGUCCCAGCUACUCCAUGCGCAUGCCGCAACAGGGUGUGUCGAUCGACGACUCGGACCCGGACCCCAGUUCAGAGCCCACGGUGCACUCGCAAAGCGAGUCGAGAUGACUGUAGCGUGCCAGGUGUGGCGCGCAGCGCGUCACCUUUGACUCGAGGACCUCCAAAGUGAGGAUCCAGUCGUUCUGAAGGCUCCCAACGGCGCGAGCAUUCGAGUCCUGGCACCGUCUGUGCCGCGGAACCGAGCACAGCCGGUGCAACCACCUGGGAACGGCUCCAGGACCGUUCCAAUAAGAGGAUUCCGCCCCGACUAGGCGGUGAUCGCCACAAACAUUCGAGCUUCUUCGGUGUCUUACUUCGUUUCACGAAUAAAUCGCGUCCGGCUAUACAAACGGAAACAUAAGAAGACUAAAAAAAACGUAGAAAGGACGAACGGACUCGUCAGGGAUCCACGUUCAGUUUGAUCUCGGCAAACGGGACUCGCUAUAGUAUUUCAGUGAGCCUGGUGAAGUUUAGACAAUGCCAGAGGAAUACGCGAAAACCCCUUCGUUUUUUUCGUGAAGCUUACCCGCGGUGUGCUUCUCGAGCUUCUUUCAGAUCGAACCCCGUCCCUCUUCCUUCCCCCCCUCAUCCCCUCCCUACCGACGAGAGUGAAGAGAAUAACAAUCGUGAAAACUUCGCGGCGUGCUUGCAGCAAGUAUCAGAAGACUGGUUCGAACUUCGCGACGCUUGGAAACGAACUUCGCGCGAGAUCCAAUAACGUACGUACGUGUCGAAUAUCUAUGUGUACACAGCUAUGUUAAACGCAAAUAACAACAAAAAAAAAAAAAAGAAAAAAAAACAUACCCACUCGUCGGCGCGGCUAUUAACAAUUCAAACCCGUUGGUUACCGAGCAGGGGGUCCCUCUGGCCUCUCAGCACCGGUCCCGAGCGUUCGGCCAUUGUUUCCGUAGAUUUUUUACCGUUCCUCGUUGGUUAUUUGUGAUAAUAGCGUUUAACGAUCGCGCCGCGACACGAACGCGGCACUCGAACGUGUUUGUGCAUUUGUUUCUGUUAUUCGAAGGAUGCGGGGAACGUUGAACGCCUCUUCUUUGACCUCUGCUACGCGGAGUCGCUGUGGAUGCGUAGCACGGGUGCGCAGAACCGUAAGCGCCGCUGAACGUCUAACCUGUUAGUCGAGAAUCGAAUAAGUCGCUAUGAAUUAACAGCGCAUUGCAAUAAGUUGAAAAUUAUGUAUUAAAUGCCUUCGAUUGCGUUCGGGAAAGAAGUAGUACUAAUUUAACCUACGGGCAACAGGUCACGCGAGGUGCUACGUGAUGUAUUUCCUACUGUUUCAGUUACGUAACAACUGAAAAUUUGUCGAGAAGAAGAAGAGUACGCAUUCGUGUUACUGUAUACCCCUCGAAUAACAGAAACGUAUGCUGCCCGCCACGAAAACUUCGAAUUCGUUGGUACCAGUGCUGUCCACCGACGGCGCCACUUGCGCGGUCUUGUCUCCCCACCACGCGCAGUAUUAUGUUUUUACGAAUGCGCGUUGUUCUUGACCAAAGGAGACAGAGUGGGGGCUUAAGUCGAACAGCACUGGUCGAGGCGGUCGCUGAGACUGGGAGUUCCCCGGAAAUGUGCAGAAUUCUUAUCUCGUUGCGAAUUUCGAAUAACGAAUGAAAAUUAAAAUUGGUCUAUCAAUUUAUUCGUUAUCUUCCUCUUUGAAUAAAAAUCCAAAAUUGACUCGUAUUGAUAGGAACGUGUCGCGGUGAACGAAUAAAUAUUUAACGCGAUGGUUUAUUCGUGGUGUGUUAUUCGAAUGAAAUUUUGUCCAUUUCCGUGGCUUCCUUUGGGGCACUUUUGGGGUUGAACAUAUAAGUAUUGUUAUACCGACGCAAUUCAAAUGGAGAACUCGUCGGGAAUUUUUGUACGGGUGUAUCAAGAUUUUUUCCAAAGCGUUUAUUGUCGCGAGUCGGACGUAGAUCACGCGCGUUUCGUCCGGGGGCAGAGGGACGUCCGAAAACCGAGCUAUCGAAUUCAGUGCGCAGUUCAUUGUAUUAUGUGAUAUAUCGUCUGCAUACGUAUCGAACGAAUGAAAAUAAACAUGCGAAUAAAAUCCA